AUGACGUCUGGUCAUGCGGAAACUGUUAUCGAGAGCGAGAAGAAUACAAGACUGUACGAUGAGAAAGUCGGGCUAGAGAGCGUCAAGCCAGUGGCUGGUAGAAACGUGGAUUACACUGGAAGUGUAGCGAAGACGGAUCCUCGCGAGAUUGCGCUGGUGAGGAAGAUUGACUGGAGGCUCAUGCCUACACUGUGCGUCAUGUAUUUCAUGAACUACGUGGACCGUAACGCCAUCGCGCAGGCUCGCCUUAACAAUCUCGAGAAGGAUCUUGGUAUGACGGGCGUGCAGUUCAACACGGCGGUCUCGAUUCUGUUCGUUGGCUACGUGCUCAUGCAAAUUCCCAGCAACAUGUUGAUCACAAGGAUCCGUCCUGGCAUCUACAUGAGUGGGUGGAUGCUGGUAUGGGCUGUGGUUUCGGCGUGCACGGCGUUGGUGCAAAGCUUUGGCGGCCUGGUGGCGUGUAGAUUCUUCCUGGGCAUCACGGAAGCGCCGUUCUAUCCAGGUGCGACGUACAUGCUGAGUAUAUUCUACACACGAAAAGAGGUUGCCACGCGCAUUGCACUCCUGUACUGUGCACAGAUCUUGGCCACUGGGUUUUCUGGACUCAUCGCUGCUGGCGUAUUUGCUGGUAUGGACGGGCUAAGGGGUAUUGCUGGAUGGAGAUGGCUGUUUAUCCUUGAGGGCGCAGUGACAGCGUUUGUGGCCAUCUUUGGCUUCUUCCUGCUCCCCAACACGCCUUUGACGACGUCAUGGCUGACUCCCGAGGAGCGUCAGAUGGCUCACGAUCGUAUGGAGCGCGAUCGUGUUGGUGAUACGGGAGAGAAGGUCAGCAUGAUGGAGGGACUGAGGCAAGCCUGCAAGGACAAGCGAACCUGGUUGUUCUGUUUGAUGCAAAACUUCCAUCUGAGUGCUUGCUCGUUCAACUCAUUUUUCCCAACCGUGGUCAAGACGCUUGGCUUCAACAGGACCAUCACACUCGUCUUGACCUGCCCUCCGUUUCUCCUUGCCGGCGUAGCAGGAAUCAUGACUGGAUGGAGUUCGGGCCGGUUGCACGAACGCACAUGGCACAUUACUGCUGGGUUGUCCGUCGCCAUUGUUGGAUUCGUGAUCGCAGCCAGCACGUUGAACACGGCGGGACGCUACGUGGCGUGCUUCAUCUUCCCCGUCGGCGCCUACUCUGUCAACUCGGUCAUUAUAGGCUGGGCGUCUUCCACGCUUAGCCAGACCAAGGAGAAGAAGGCAGUCGUGCUUGCCAUGACGAACGUAGGUGGUCAAAUCGGUUACAUUUACGGUUCUUAUCUGUGGCCAGACACGGACUCGCCACGGUUUGGCAUUGGCUUUGGUGCGUCAGCUGGGUUCGCGCUGUUGAGCAUUGCUUGUGCGUGGACCAUCCGGGUGCAGCUCAUCAAGGAGAACAAGAAGCUGAGGGAGUCUACGGACGAGAACAUCAACCUGUACGGGUACUAG